AUGAGUGGCCAUGUUGGUAAUCUGAGCACGUAUCAGCAAGAAACAUUGAAUAAGUUUCGCCAAAACGUUGAAAACAUUCUUACACAAGAAGAACUCGAAGACGAUUAUUACAUGUUGAGAUGGCUUAGAGCGAGAGAUUUCGACCUACAAAAAACGGAACAAAUGCUGCGCAAGCAUUGCCGGUUUCGAAAGGAAUGGAAAAUUGACAGAGUUCUAGCAGAAGAUAGCAUUCCGGAGAUAUGGAAAAAAUACUUCCCAGGAAAUUAUGUUGGAUACAAUAAAGAUAAAGGACCAUUAUACUUAUUUUGUACUGGACGAUUUGAUCUAAAAGGUAUUUAUCAUUCGCUUCGACCAGAAGAACUAACAAAGUAUAGCUUAUCCAUUGCUGAGGAAGGUACAAAAUUGUGCCAGGAGCAGAGUCAAAAGCAUGGCAAAAGAAUAGAAGGUGUGACUAUAAUUCAAGACAUGUCAGGUUUUACCGUUAGCAAUUUCUAUAAACCUGCUGUGGUCCAUUUCGCUAAGGUAUUGGGGAUGUUCGAAGAUAACUAUCCUGAAUUUAUGAAGGAUGUUUUUGUUGUUAAUGGUAACUACCAGCAAGUUCUUUUAAAACAUAUACAUGCCGAAUCAUUGCCUAAAAUUUAUGGUGGUAACAAGGUAGAUGACGAUGGUGAUCCACAAUGUUCGGCAAUUGUUGGCCAUGGAGGUGAAAUACCUACCUCUUAUUAUCGAUCGAGCAAUAAUAAAGUAAACAGCCGCUCCGAAGAAGAUUAUUCCACGGUUACUAUUGCUAGAGGUGAUACUUUGAAAUUACAAUUCGACAUUAACAUUCCUGGUACUUUAAUGAAGUGGGAGUUUAAGACAGAAAAUCAUAAUAUUGGCUUUGGUGUUGUCAAAGUGAUCGAAAAUGAAGACGGAACGAUUGAAAAUUAUGAAGUGAUCCCUAUUGCUCGACGAAGUUGUCAAAGUACUCUUGAAGAAGGCAAUUAUUAUUGCGAAGAUGCUGGAACAUAUAUUCUUUGCUUCGACAAUAGUUUUAGCUGGCUUACUGGCAAAAGUCUGCACUACGCUAUUGAUAUCCUGCCACCCGAUGAGGCAAUUACCGACUGA